AGGAAUUCUGCCGGUCCUUUGCUCAUCGACCGCUUUUUUUCUUCUUCUUGCGUCUUCUGUUUUCGCCUCAGACACAGUAGCUUCUAGCCAUUCCUGCGACACACUCACCACCCGCGCCAUCCGAGCUCUGCUACUACCUAGUCAGUUUCCCACCGAAUCCCCGCAGCAAACCCUCCCUCCGUCUUCUCUCGCGUACCCGCUCCGGCGGCAUCGUACAUCCACGCGACCAGCUCCCCGACCGUCGAACCUCGCGCGCAGCCGCCGGACAAAGAGCAGCCAGACGACGAGCUCUCGAGCGCCGGCAUCUCUCCUUCCCUCCACCCCACCCACUAGCCAACCGACCCGCCCCGGCCCAGCAUGAGCGGCAGCACGCGCGAGUCGUACCAGAUCCCGUCGUCGUCGUCGCAGACGCCCGGCGGCGGCGGCCACGGCACACCCUCCGCCUCCAGCCGCCCCGCCGCGUCCGCCAGCGCCUUCGACCUCGACGCCGGGGGCGCCGGCACCAUGCAUUACCUCUGCGGCGACUGCGGCACCCGCUUCCCCAUCAAGCGCAACGACCCCAUCCGCUGCAAGGAGUGCGGCUGUCGCGUCCUCUACAAGGAGCGCACGAAGCGAAUGGUCCAAUUCGAGGCCCGCUAGGCCAAGCCACGCGUACCCCACAUAGGUGAAGAAAAGAAUAGGCAGCCGAGGACGAAGAACGUAGGACAGAUGGACCGAUGGAUGGAUGGAUGGAUGGAUGAUGAUGGGACAGCCUAGUCCCUAACGAAUCAGCGGUAACGAACGGCACAGUUGUACAAUACCGGUGACGAAGUAUCGCGGACUCAACAUAAGUUGCAUAGGAUGUCGCUGUUAGUGGUGGCGGCGGCGGCGGGGUUUCGAAGCACGCCCCCGGGCAUGCCUGUCUGAUCCUGCCUCCAUACAUACGCCUACAACUUGGCAGGGCACCGAUCCGGAGUUCAGGUCAGGGAGUUUACUGAGGGGCGAAUAAUCAAUGAAUCAAGAC